CCUAUGCUAAAUUUAGAUUUUUUAGAUAGCAUUUAUGAAAACGGAAAGAAAUAAGGAAAGUUGAAUGAAAAUCUCCCUAGAAUGUUGUUGAAAUAAGUUCAAGUGAACAACAACAGCCGUUACAAGUUUUUUUUAUUGGACAAAGUACAAAAAACAGGAGAAUGGAAUCAAUGAUAGGACAGUGUACCAUGUGUGGCUACAAUGCAUUAGUGAAGCAUGAUGGGUAUAUGGUUUGUGAAGAAUGUGGUACUAUUAACAACGAAGAUAUGAUCACAUCUGAGUUUCAAGAUUACGAAGGUUACCAAUCAGCAUCACAGAACAAGUGGAUUAUGAAUGAUAAAAAGAAACAUCUAGCACAUUUUGAUGGUAAAAUUCCAGAUGGCAAAAGAGAAGGCCUUUCACAUAUCAAAAUAUACAGUAAAUUAUUGACUUUUUCUUCAGAUAUGGUAGAAAGAGCAGAAAAUAUGUUUUCUAUCUUAUAUAAAGACGAGGAGGUCAUACAUAAAGUAAUGGAGGCAAAAGAAGCACUGUCAUCAGCUUGUUUAUUUGUUGAAGGACGAAAGUUUGGUCAGGUGAUAUCCAUUAAGGAAUUCAGCAAGGUUACUGGAGUUAAAGUAGGUCUAUUAGUAAAGGCAAUAAAUCUUAUUAAAAGAAAAUUUUUCAUCACAUUACCAAAAACAACAAUUGCAGAAAUGUCUGUUGAAAUUGCAUUCAAGAAUAACAUUGAACCAGAUGUCAGACGAGCUGCACAAGAAAUUAUAUCAUUGUGUGAUAGAGCUUGGUUAGUAACAGGUCGUCAGCCACAAAAGAUCAUUUGGGCAGCUUUCUAUAUAUCAGUAAAAUCUUAUUCUUUGGAUGAAAAUAGGAAGUUAACACAAACAAAUUUUAUGAAGAAGCAUGGUCAGAAAGUUAAUGUUCAGGACAAAGAAAGACUAAACGAAAUUUUAGAAAUUUUGAAGGAUAUUGGUGACACCAUACCUUGGGCUUCAAAUAAAAACAAGAAGGAUUUUGUAUAUCACAAUCUUAAAGACAUUUUAAAAUACAGUAAGAUGGCAUUGAUGGAAAAAAGAAUGAAAUUUUUAAAGGAAAUGGAAAAUUCACAAAAUAUACAAAAUGGAGAAAGUGAUGAGUCCACAUGUCACAAACGUAAAUUAGAGACAGGAGCCGAAGAGAAUAUAGAUAUUUUUCAACCACCAAUACUGAAGAAAGUAAGACACCCAGUAGAUGAAGACAGAACUAUUCCACCUUCAAUUAAUGUUGAUUGUGAUAUUGAAGACAUGGGAAGUGAUAUUGAUGAAGAAUUAGAUGGCUACUUACGUUCAUCAGAGGAAGUAAAACAAAUGGAAAUUGCAAGAGCUUUAAUAAUUGAUAAACAAUAAUGUUGCUUAAUUCUUUUCUGACAAUUGCCUGAAAAUACUCCGUUAAAAUGUUCCUUUCCUUUACAGUGUUUAUAAAUUAUAUUAUUUUGCCUUUUA